UAUGUAACACAGAAUUCGUAUAUAUAAGCAAUGCAAUAAUAUCUUAGGUACUUCAGGUGAAGCCACUUCUUCGAAAUGAACCAGAUUUUGUUAUGCUCUGCAACUUUACUGGUGCUUUUUACAGUGGCAAACUGUCAAGCUUUGAAGCCAGCCAACUCAUCUAUCAGUGAUGUACCAAAAAGCGAUUCUGAGAACAGUAGAUCUCCGCCAAAAAUUAGUCCCAAGAACGAUGAGGUAGAGUCCAAUAAUGCUAAAGACGAUUCAGUCCAGACAGAUUCGAAGAAGAAUUCUAUCAAGAGUGAUGCUGAGGAAGAGGAUGAUUUGGCGCUGAGUGAUGCCCAAACACUAAAAGCCGAUUUCCCACCCAAUAAUAAUACCAAAGAAAGUCCUCCGAUAGAACCCGAAAAUGCUGUCCUGCCAAAACGAAGAAAUUCAAGAGUACAAAAUACAAUCAGGGCCCUGCAACAGAGGUUAUUUUUGGAAAGGAACACUACUUUCAUGUUCCGGAACAUUUCCGUAGCAUUGAUGAGAGAAGUAGAGGUCAAGAAACAGGAAAUUCUCAACGCCCGAAAGUCAAAUCUCAAUUUGGAGGUCGAGCUAAAUGAUGCGAACCGCAGGAUUUUGGAAUUGAAUUUGCAGCUGGAAGAUGCUCGAAAGUCCGUGAGGCCGUGUCCAAAAAAGGAUCCUACCAAUCAGUUAAAAGAAGCCAAGCUCAUCAAAAAGUAUCGUGAAGAAUAUUGGUCCCUAGUGAAAGAACUUAUAAAGCGGCUCUUUAAAGAACUCCCGAAACCGAAGAUUGUUCCUUAUAGCUUAUAAUCAUAUGGCUUUCAAUUGUAUUAAAACAGAAAUAGGAACAUGCCGAUGGUAUUGAGUCAUGGCAAAACCUUCUAA